GGCAAAGAUCCGGGCCCUAAGAGGACGCAAUUGAUAUCACCGGUGGUUCACAAACUGGGAUCAGACGGCGCUGUCAUUGCAUACAUCCUUAUUAAACAAGAGGCACAGAAGUAA